AUGAACACACCCCCAAAGAAAGAAAAGAAACAAAACCUUAAUAGUGAGUUCUGUAGGAAGGAGCCAAGAUUUGGAAUUGUGAAGAGAAGCUCGCUUGCAGAAGCACCGUUUAGUGGACUCGUGAAGAAGCGAUGUGAGUUUGGUAGUACGUUCAGCGAGGCCAUUCUGAACGAAGACAUCAGAGGAAGCGGAGGCGAGAGCUUUCUCAAGCAAUUGAUCGAUGGCUAUUCAUCGGAUAAGGUCCCGUACUUGUUUUGGAACUAG